GUGGCCGCCAUUAGAGAAAGGAAUCCAUGAAUUCAAAUGGAAACCAGUAGGAACAGAUACUGAAAAUAUACUUGUAAAACAACCGAUUUGAUGUAGUUUAUCGCUAUCCUUCGACGCUCUUUAAUGCGGAAUGAUUUUCGUUUUAAAAGAGCUUUUGGUUGGAGGUGGAGGCAUAGAAGGCCAUUUUAGCAGAUACCGUUUUUAAGCUAAGGGGGAGGGGGAGAGUUACCUCUGUGCUCUCCCUUUUUUCUUUUUGUUUUAAUAGCGUUUUCGCCGCUUUUUUGCGUUUAAUUUAUUGUAUAGCAUUUUGGCCUCGUCGACGCGGAGGUUGCUGUGGUUUUAGUCCUGUUUCGGAGUGUCGUGGAGGACGAAAGCGAUCGAAUGGGGUUGGCGAAAUACAUUCCCCCAGCGAUUGUUUAAAAAUAAUUCUCCUCAGCACUGCUUACAUACAAAUCACAUUCGCAAAUCGCUCUUUAUUUCCCGGGGACCGUGAUGAUGGAGUGCUCUACCACGCAGUGAAAGGAUGAGUUCUUGUUUUGUACCAAACGGGGCCAGCUUGGAGGAUUGCCAUUCCAAUCUAUUCUAUCUGGCUGACCUGACGGGAAUCAAAUGGAAGCGAUAUGUGUGGCAGGGUCCCACCUCAGCUCCUAUGCUGUUCCCUGUGACGGAGGAGGAUCCCAUCCUUAGCAGCUUCAGCCGCUGUCUAAAGGCAGACGUGCUGAGCGUGUGGAGACGGAGCCAGCGGCAGGGCCGCAGGGAGCUGUGGCUGUUCUGGUGGGGUGACGAUCCAAACUUCUCUGAGCUCAUCCACUCUGAGCUCACAGGUGAGGAUGAUGGUGUGUGGGAGAGUGGCCUGUCAUAUGAGUGUCGUACGCUGCUCUUCAAAGCCAUCCACAACCUGCUGGAACGGUGCCUCAUGAACCGCAGCUUUGUGCGCAUUGGAAAGUGGUUUGUCAAGCCCUAUGAGAAGGAUGAGAAGCCCAUUAACAAAAGCGAGCACCUUUCCUGCUCCUUCAGCUUCUUUCUACAUGGAGACAGCAAUGUGUGUACCAGUGUGGAGAUCAACCAGCAUCAGCCCGUGUACCACCUGAGUGAGGAGCACCUGACAUUGGCCCAGCAAGCGUCCAGCCCCUUCCAAGUGAUUCUGAGUCCCUUUGGUCUGAACGGGACACUGACGGGGCAGUCCUUUAAGCUGUCAGACCCGCCCACGCAGAAGCUCAUUGAGGAAUGGAACCAGUUCUACCCAAUCAGCCCCAGCUCCAAGGAUAGUUCAGAGGACAAGAUGGAGGACAUUGACUGGGAAGAUGACUCUCUGGCUGCUGUGGAGGUGCUCGUUGGUGGUGUGCGCAUGGUGUAUCCUGCCUGCCUGGUCUUGGUCCCGCAGUCAGAUAUUCCCACAGUAACACCUGUUGGGUCCUCACAUUGCACUGCUGUCUGUUCGGGUGGCCACCAAGUGCCUGCUUCAAACAGAGACCCUGCCAUCUCCUCUGUCACACUUACCCCUCCCACCUCACCAGAGGAGGCCCAGACAGUCGACUCUCAUUCUGCACAGAAGUGGAUGCGGUUGCCAUCAGCAGUUGAUGGCUUCAGUGUAGACAACACGAGUCACCAUGGAGGCAAGAUUCCACGCAGGAUGGCCAGCCAGGUGGUGGAGCACGUCUGGCAGGAGUGCAACAUCAAUCGAGCGCUGAACAAACGCAAGUUCUCUGCCACAGCCAAUGGGACCAGUGAAGAGGAGGUGCUGGAGAAAAUGGGCUCCUGGGAUUUUGUUGAAUCAACACAGAGAACAACUUGCAACUGCUCAAGGCACAAAGCCCUGAAGCAGCGAGUGGGCAGUACACAGGGCCAGGCUGUUUCAGCUGGGCAGGUGCAGCAGCAGCCCACCAAGCACAAAGCAGGAGAGAAGCCUGAAAAGGGUGACAAACAGCAGAAGCGUCCACAAACGCCCUUUCACCACCGGAGCUCCAUCUGCGACGAUGUCUCAAUGGAAACAGAAGCCUCGGCAGGACAGCGGUUGUCUCUCCGAGGUCAGGACGGGGGCAGAUUCCCUGGCCUCCGCCCUUCCGAUGUCUGCGCUGUGCCGAAACCACCUCAGCUGCACACAGGGGGUGGAACAGCAGGCAGUGUUGGUGGCCCAUCAGAAAUGGUGGGCUCCCCUCAGCCACCUCCGCUCAGCCCUCACCCCUGUGAUCGGGGAGAGGAACCUUCCGAAGCCCUAAAGAAUCCCUCCACACCUCACAGCCAACACUUCUACCCUCCUUCUUCAGAACCUUGCCUCCUGCCCCAGAAGGGCCCAGAUGAUCCUCGUGUUGAUUCUCUCGCUCCUCCCUUCCAUCCAGCUUUUCCUGAAGCCAUGGAGCCCACAGUGUAUGUUGGGGCAGCAGUAAGCCUGGAGGAUGAUGGAAGUCAUGUGCCCUGGAGAUUCUUCAACCUUCCACGCAGGAAAGACUUGGAUUUCCCUACACCCUCUCUACCUAUGGACAAACUGAGAGAAGAGGCCUUGCUGGCAGUUGACGGAAAUAUGUCAGUUACUGAGUUAAUGGCCACCUCCAAGCAUACUCUGAAAGUGUCAGAGGAGCGCAUCCAGACCUACCUGCAGCAGCAAAACCAGCAUCUAGCUGCAGCCAUCGCAGACAGUGACCACGAGCCCGAGGUGGACCCCUAUGCCUUUGUAGAUGGGGAUGUGAAGUUCACCUUCUCAGAUAAGAAAGAUAAAGCAGGCGGGGAGAAAGAGCAAGGAAAGAAACACAAGGGGGAGGAUGGAAGCGCUGGUCCAUCAGAUGAUGCUCAGCGGGGAGCAGCCCACAAAAUCGCUGCCUCCACCAGUCUGAUCCAUGACUCUGACCUGGCUGUUUCUAUCAAAGACCUGGACAACCUCUUCAAUUCAGAUGAAGAUGAGCAAACGCCUGGUGCCAGGAGAGCAGUGAAUGGAACGGAGGAGAAGUUUGGCAGUAAGGAACCGAAGCCAGCCGCCCUGGACCCUGUGUCAUGUAUUAGUUCAGCAGACCUGCACCAGAUGUUCCCUACCCCUCCAUCUCUGGAGCAGCACAUAAUGGGCUACUCACCAAUGAACAUGGGCAGUAAGGAGUAUGGUAACAUGGAGCCCGGGCCCGGCCUCACCUCUUUGGAUGGCCCAUCUGCUUUGACAGGCCAGUUUAAGAUUGAGGUGGAGGAGAACUUUUGCAGUCCAAAACCAUCAGAGAUCAAGGAUUUCUCCUUUGUGUAUAAGCCCGAGUUGUGUCAGUCUUUUGUGGGCUGCUCAAUGUUUGCCCCUUUGAAAACGCUACCCAGUCAGUGUCUGCCUCCCAUUAAGCUACCAGAGGAGUGUAUGUACCAGCCCAGCUGGUCCCUGGGCAAGCUGGAGCUUCUCAACACCGUACCUACCAUGAGCUUCCUGAACAGGGACAGUAACAUCCCUAGUGUGGGCAGCGCCAUGGAACAGGACUAUAGCCAGUCAUACACCCCUCAGACACACACACCCUUUAUAUCCAACAGCGCGCCACCCAGCAACAGUGGCACAGGGAUCCUCCCCUCCCCUGCCACUCCACGUUUCUCCGCCCCAACCCCCCGGACGCCUCGUACCCCCCGCACCCCGCGUGGCCCUGCCAGCGUCCAGGGCUCCCUCAAGUAUGAGAACUCGGACCUAUAUUCGCCCGCCUCCACACCCUCCACCUGUCGGCCACUCAACUCUGUGGAGCCGGCCACCGUGCCUUCCAUCCCGGAGGCCCACAGUCUCUACGUCACCCUUAUCCUGUCUGAGUCGGUCAUGAACCUGUUCAAAGACUGCAACUUUGACAGCUGCUGCAUUUGCGUAUGCAACAUGAACAUCAAGGGUGCCGACGUGGGUGUGUACAUCAGCGACCCCAACAUGGAGGCACAGUACCCGUGCAGCUGCGGCUUCAGUGCCGUCGUCAACCGCCGCUAUGGCAAUGGGUCGGGCCUCUUCCUGGAGGAUGAGCUGGACAUCAUCGGCCGUGGCUCGGACGUGAGCAGGGAAGCAGAGAAGCGCUUUGAGGUGCUGAGAAGUUCCUCAUUGGAAAAGAGCGGAGGAGGAGUGAAGGACAAAGUUCCAGAUGAGCUGAUCUUGCUUCUGCAGGAUCAGUGCACCAACCCUUACUCACCGCUUUUGGCCACAGAGCCAGAAGGAACCGCCUCCAGGGUGCCAGGGGGUGUAGUCGUCCCUCCCUGUGUGCGCGUAGAGGAGAGGGACUUCCACAACGACUGCUACCUAGCCCUGGAACACGGACGACAAUUCAUGGACAACAUGUCAGGAGGCAAAGUGGAUGAGACACUAGUUAAAAGCACCUGCCUGCACCACUGGGCCAAACGUAAUGUGGAUGUGAGUGCUCUGUGCUCACAGGAUGUGUUAAGAGUGCUCCUGUCCCUCCAGCCUGUGCUUCAGGAUGCCAUCCAGAAGAAAAGAACUGUGCGCUCAUGGGGCGUCCAAGGACCCCUUACCUGGCAGCAGUUUCACAAGAUGGCUGGAAGGGGGUCCUAUGGCACAGAUGAGUCCCCAGAGCCUUUGCCCAUUCCUACGUUCCUGGUGGCUUAUGAGUAUGACUUUGUGGUGCUGUCUCCCUUUGGUCUGCCCUACUGGGAGAAGCUACUGUUGGAACCUUUCGGCUCCCAGAGAGAUGUGGGCUAUCUGGUGCUCUGCCCAGAGAACGAAGCACUACUCAAUGGAGCCAAGAGUUUUUUCAGGGAGCUAACGGCUGUCUAUGAGUCUUGCAAGCUCGGUCAGCAUCGACCAAUUUCCAAAGUGCAUGCUGAUGGAAUUGUGAGGGUGGGAGGGGCUGCAGCCAAGAAGCUAUCAGAGCAACCAAUUUCUGAUUGGUUCCUGAAGGGAGUCAGCGGCACCAGUGAAGCCUUUGCCAAGCUUAAGUUGUUUGCUCAAGUCUGCAGGCAUGACCUCGCUCCAUACCUCGCUACACAGCCAUUGGACGGUUCCUUACUUACUCAGCCAAGUCCACCUCCUUCCUCCACCCAGUCAUCAUCUGUGCAGUCCUCAGGCUUAGCCUCUUCUAACCCCCAAACUUCACAGGCCUCUGGGGGCUCCUCUCUCACCAAUAACACUGGCCCGGGCAACAGUGGCCCAGGGUUACCAGGCAGUACCAGUAGCACUCCUUCUUCAGGCCCUCAGAACAGCAGCAUGCAGCCUAGCAAGCCAAGCUCCUUCCCUCCCUUUGGGGGAAUGGGAGCCCAGAGCAACAGCUCACAAUCUGGGGCUCUGGGCCAACAGGCUGGCACCCAGAACUCAAACCUCUCCGGAGAUAGCUCAUCCAGCACCAGCCAGACUCAGGGGCCUUCUGAACCACCCGAGAGCACCAUGGAGAGGGAGAAGGUUGGCAUACCCACUGAUGGGGAGUCUCAUGCCAUCACAUACCCCCCUGCUAUUAUGAUCUACAUUGUUGACCCGUUCUCAUAUGAGGAUGCGGACUCAAGUGUGUGGACACUUGGGCUCCUGCGCUGCUACCUGGAGAUGGUGGAGUUCCUCCCUUCUCACAUACGCAACUCUAUCUCUGUGGAGAUAAUCCCAUGUCAGUACCUCCUGCAGCCAGUCAAGUGUGAGGAGAGGCAGCUGUAUGCGCAGCACCUGAAAUCUCUGGCCUUCUCAGUGUACUCUCAGUGCAGACGGCCUCUCCCUGUGUCUACCAACGUCAAAUCGCUAACGGGCUUUGGUCCCGGCCUCGCACUUGACACAGCCCUCAGGAGUCCAGAGAGGCCAGAAUGUUUGCGUAUGUACACACCUCCUUUCAUCUUGGCACCAGUGAAGGACAAGCAGACGGAGUUGGGAGAGACGUUUGGAGAGGCAUCGCAAAAAUACAAUGUGCUAUUUGUGGGAUACUGCCUGUCACAUGAUCAGAGGUGGCUACUGGCCACCUGUACGGACAUGAACGGAGAGCUGCUAGAGACUUGCAUCAUAAGCGUAGAUGUUCCCAACAGAGCGAGAAGGAAAAAGGGCUCAGCUCGACGGCUCGGUCUGCAGAAGCUCUGGGAGUGGUGCUUGGGUUUGGUACAGAUGACAUCAGUGCCAUGGAGGGUUGUGAUUGGCCGACUUGGGCGGAUAGGUCAUGGAGAGUUACGAGACUGGAGCAUACUAUUGAGCAGGAGGAAUCUGCAGUCGCUAAGCCGCCGGCUGAAGGACAUGUGCAGAAUGUGCGGUAUCUCAUCUGCUGACACUCCCAGCAUCCUUAGCGCCUGCUUGGUUGCCAUGGAGCCUCAAGGCUCGUUUAUCAUCAUGCCAGACUCUGUGUCAACUGGUUCCGUGUUUGGCCGCAGCACGACUCUGAAUAUGCAGACAUCACAGCUCAGCACCCCUCAGGACACCUCCUGCACCCACAUCCUAGUGUUCCCCACAUCCGCCUUUGUCCAGGUCAACAGCUCCAGCUACACCCCUGAGGACAUUGCCUUUAACCCCAUCAAUGAUGGAUCAGAUCCUAUUGGAGGCAUCUUUGACCUUCUGGAACAGGAGAAUGACCUGGUUGACCCAGACAUCAUCAAUAUCCUUCCUGCCUCCCCCACCACCUCCCCUGUCCACUCUCCAGGAUCACAAUAUCACCACGGAGGAGAUGGGAGCAAGGGUCAGAGUACCGAUAGGAUGGAGUCUCAUGAUGAAGCUCCCAACAUCUUGCAGCAGCCUCUCGCUCUUGGCUACUUUGUGUCCACGGCUAAAGCAGGCCCACUGCCCGACUGGUUCUGGUCAGCCUGCCCGCAAGCUCAGAACCAGUGCCCUCUUUUCUUAAAGGCCUCUCUACACCUUCACGUAUCUUCAGUGCAGUCAGAUGAGCUGUUGCAUGGCAAACACUCUCACCCACUGGACUCUAAUCAGACCUCAGAUGUGCUCAGAUUUGUGUUGGAGCAGUACAACGCCCUCUCCUGGCUGACUUGUGACCCUGCAACCCAGGACCGGCGCUCAUGUCUGCCCAUUCACUUUGUGGUGCUCAACCAGCUCUACAAUUUCAUAAUGAACAUGUUGUAACACCUAUAGAUGAGAACUGAACAGAAACAGAGCAGGGAAUGAGGGGUGAGAGAACACAAGCGCCAAUGAGAUCUAAACCCCAAAAUCCAUUACUACAGUGCUGGACAUUUGAAUCUGGGACAACAUGAAGAAAUUCAGCUGUUGCAGUCAGCAUACUUCAGACCUAGCACCACAGAGAAUGACCAGCCUUCUGAUGUCAAAGACAAAAAUACAAAAAAAGAGAAAGAAGUGGAAGGGUUUUUGUGGCGUAGAGGCCAAGGAGGAGCCAGAAAGUAUCAGAAUCAGAAAGUAGCUUUCUGAUGCCAUGGUACCAUUGGGUUCAUGGCACUGGCCAGAUGUAACAGCCGUUGUGAAUGGAAAGAGUCUAUCAUGUUUUGGAGGAAAAGGGACAUCUGUGAUUACAAAAUGAAAGAAUGAAUUCUUGGUUUUAAGACCUAAAAUGAAUGAAUUCUUGGUUUUAAGACCUGAAAUUCCCUGUUUCUUUUGGAUGAUCUUGCAUCCAAAUGAAAUGCCUGCAUUUGUCUUAUUUAUUGUAAGUUUUUAAAUGUAUAAUUUGUCUUAUUUCUUAACCUCUUUUAUAUAUAAAAGAUCUAGAAGGUUUAUAUUGCCUUCCUGCUUUCAAGCAAUUGGUCAAAAAUAUACGUAAUCGUCUUAAUUAAAAAAAUGAGCAAAAACCCACAAAAAGAGGAAUAAAAUAAAGUUGCAGUAGGUUGCUUUUAGAGUAUUAUUUUUUGUAAGGGAGAAAGAAUAUUUGUAUUGUCAUGAUGUACAGAGGUGGUAGGAUUGGGGAAUUAUGUCCAUGCCUUUGUGAAUGGACAGAUCACAGCUAUGCUAUAGCUGUAUAGGACUUGUACAGCAAUGAAGUUCACUGUGUCUAAAAUAAAGAGGUACAUUGUCGUAUAUAGUAUUUUAUACCACACAUUUAGACACGAAAACGGCAAUAUAUAAAUAAUUAUAUAUGAAUGUUGUGCCACUCAGUUGGCACGGCUUCUGUUUUAGGAAUAAAGUGAGUCAACUCAA